GUGUGCACUGCAUUCCCGACCGUCUGGUAGCCCUGUUCCUUAAAACGUGUGAAAUUUUCAAGUUUCUUUGCAUGAUUAAAUCGCGGAAAGGAUUCUCAGGAACAGAUUUUAAAUUGCUAAAACGGCGAAAUGUCAACCACCCACAAGCAGCGCUAUAAAAAUGCCGCCUUGGACUCCACCGAAAUGAGGCGUCGUCGCGAGGAAGUGGGCAUCCAGUUGCGGAAGACCAAACGCGAACAGCAGCUCUUCAAGCGUCGAAAUGUGGUCUUGGAGCCGGCCACAUCCUCGACUUCAGCCGGAAUGGAGAGCAGCACCAGCAACGAUCUACAGGCUGGCGACAUGCAUAUGGCUGACAGCAGCACUGGUCCAACGCAUUUUCCAGGCGGCCAGAGCGAACCAACUGGCGGAACCGGAGCACAGCCAUCAGUAAUAAACGAGGAGAUGAUCCAAAUGCUGUACAGUGGACGCGAGAGCGACCAGCUGGAGGCCACGCAAAAGUUCCGCAAACUCUUGUCCCGCGAUCCCAAUCCACCCAUAGAGGAAGUCAUACAGAAGGGGAUCGUGCCGCAGUUCGUUACUUUUCUGCGGAACAGCUCGAAUGCCACGCUCCAAUUUGAGGCCGCCUGGACGCUGACGAACAUUGCCUCGGGCACCUCGCACCAGACCAAGAUCGUAAUCGAGGCCGGAGCAGUGCCCAUCUUCAUUGAGCUGCUCUCCAGUCCCCACGACGAUGUCCAGGAGCAGGCUGUGUGGGCUCUGGGUAACAUAGCCGGCGACUCGCCAAUGUGCCGGGACCAUCUGCUCGGAUCCGGCAUUCUGAUGCCUCUCCUUAACGUCUUGGGCAACUCGGAGCGCAUAACUAUGAUCCGGAAUGCGGUGUGGACUCUAUCUAAUCUGUGCCGCGGCAAAAACCCGCCCGCGGAUUUUGCCAAAAUUGUGCAUGGUCUGCCCAUACUGGCACGGUUACUGGACUACACCGAUGCGGACGUGCUUAGCGAUACUUGCUGGGCUAUUAGCUACCUGUCGGAUGGACCGAACGAUAAAAUCCAGGCUGUAAUUGAUGCGGGCGUUUGUCGUCGCCUAGUAGAGCUGCUACUACAUCCGCAGCAUAACGUAAGCACAGCCGCGUUGCGGGCUGUGGGCAACAUAGUAACCGGCGACGAUCAGCAGACCCAGGUGAUACUGGGCUACAAUGCCCUACCCUGCAUUAGCCACCUCCUGCGCUCGUCGGCGGAAACCAUCAAGAAAGAGUCCUGCUGGACAAUCUCGAACAUUGCGGCCGGCAAUCGGGAGCAGAUCCAGGCCAUAAUCAGUGCCAACAUAUUCCCGCAGCUGAUGAUUAUAAUGCAGACGGCAGAAUUCAAGACGCGCAAAGAGGCAGCUUGGGCCAUUACCAACGCCACCAGCAGCGGAACCUCUGAGCAGAUCAACUACUUGGUCCAAGUUGGCUGUGUGCCUCCAAUGUGUGAUUUUCUGACGGUCGUCGACUCGGACAUCGUCCAGGUGGCACUGAAUGCUCUGGAAAACAUUUUAAAGGCGGGCGAAAAGUUCCAGACGCGACCAAAUCCCUAUGCCAUUACCAUCGAGGAAUGCGGCGGUCUGGAUAAGAUCGAGUAUCUGCAGGCGCAUGAAAACCGAGACAUAUACCACAAAUCGUUUUACAUAAUCGAGCAGUACUUUGGCAACGAAGAGGAGGACAGCCGGGUUGCACCUGUGGCGGGCAGCCAGCAGUUCGAGUUCGAUCCGGACACCAUGCCCAGCAGCGGCUUUAACUUUUAGCACCACACCCGGCAUGACAUAAUCAACACUAUCGAAAAACGAAUCCUACUGAGGUCCUGAACACACAGAACACAACGGGAAACGAUGGCUUGCCUUCUUGAAUUUAAUUGGAGGCCAGAGCACGGGCACGAAACAUCGGCCGCAGGAGAAGUGCAGUCACUACUAGCAUUUAAGUGAAGUUGGUCAUUCAGUCGGCGCGUUUUUGUCCCUUUGUUAUACAUACUCGUCUGCGUGUUAUUUCAGCGGUUAAAACUUUAUCAUUUUCGAAGUGGUCCAGGACCAAUCAUGACCUUACUCGAGCAUUUUCCCCAGCUGGCGAGAUCGCUUUCACCUAGUUCGUAUGUACUAAUUUAAUGUGUUAUACAACAUAAUGUAUAUGAUUUUGCUUUACUCAAUUUGAGUUUGUAAAUAUUUUUCACUAAGCCCAACUACGUUGAGACCCCGACAUGGUGUUGUUAUACAUUCAUACAAACAAACAAAC